AUGGCGGCCAAGUGGUUUAAGGAGUUCCCCUCCAACCUGAAGACGGUUUCAGAGAGGGCUCGGCCGGGCAGCGGUAGCCUGGGCAAGAGCCGCAAGAAUUCGGCCGCCGAGUUGGGGGGCUGCCGGCCCGGCCCGGGGGGUGGCAAGGAGGGGGGUGGGCGGCUGUCACGGGACAACCUGCAGGGUUUGCUUCAGGCCGCCACCGGGAAGAUGCGGAAGAACUCACGAGUGGAGGGGGGCACGCCAGAGGGACCCCCCAAAACCUGCAGCACCUACAUCAACCGCCUCAUCAAGGUGGAGGCUCACGAGAAGAACGGGAAGGGGUACCCCGGCCCCCUGCCCACUGGCCUCCCUGCCCCUGAGCAGGACAAGGGGAAGACCCCCAAGACAGAGACGGUCAUCAUCCUGGAGGACUACGCCGACCCCUACGAUGCCAAGCGUACCAAGGGGCAGCGGGAUGCUGAGCGCCUGGGGGAGAAUGAUGGCUAUAUGGAGCCGUACGAUGCCCAGCAGAUGAUCACAGAAAUCCGCCGUCGGGGCUCCAAGGACCCCCUGGUCAAAGCCAUCCUGCUGCUGGACAGUCCUGGCGAGCCUGGGGAGGGGGGUGGCAAGCCAGAGCCAGCCAAGUGGCCGGCAGGCAAGGAGGCAACGGGGAAGGGGCCACAGCUCUACGACACCCCUUAUGAGCCCGGGGAGGGGGUGGCCGGGGGGACCCCAGAGCGCAGGGCAAGGGCCGGGGACGGGCGCCUGCCCGAGAAUGAUGAGCGCCCGGCGGGCGAGUACGAGCAGCCCUGGGAGUGGAAGAAGGAGCAGAUCGUCAAAGCACUGUCAGUCCAGUUCGAGGGCUCAGAGCGUCCCAAGGAGGAGGUGCCAUGGCAGCACCUACGCCAGAAGAGCUGGACCCCGAAGAUGCUGAAGCCGGCGGGUGCUGAACAUGGUGACGGGGAGCGGGUGGACCCUGCCCUGGCACUGGAGAAGCAGCCCUGGUACCAUGGGGCCAUCACGCGGGCCGAGGCAGAGAGCCGGCUGCAGGCGUGCCGGGAGGCCGGCUACCUGGUGCGCACCAGCGAGACUGGCAGCGGCAAGUACUCCAUCGCACUCAAGACCAGCCAGGGCUGCGUCCACAUCAUUGUGGCCCGGACCAAGGACAACAAGUACACGCUCAGCCAGGCCAGCGGCGUCUUCGCCAGCAUCCCCGAGGUCGUGCACUACUACUCUACUGAGAAGCUGCCCUUCAAAGGAGCUGAGCACAUGGCCCUGCUGCACCCCGUCCACUGCAAGCUGCAUUAG